AGACUGAGAAAGGGGCCCGAGCGUCAGCCGCUCGCUGGUGGACGCGCGUAUCCCCAGGAUGCGUCCCCCUCUCGGAGAGUUGUGCCUUGUUCCGGAGGCGGUGACAGAUCUGCGUGGCGGGUUUCUGGUUUUCUUGCCACCCCCUUGUCCCCAAAAUCCACUCGGAGAAAACACAUGUUGUAGCCGUAGAUAACUGUGCGUGGGACCCUAAGGCAAAAAAGGCAGGAGAGAAAGACAACGCAACCUUUGACAACAGAAAGCUGUUAUCGCCAUCCUAAGUAUUCGUCCGGAAAUCUGUCCGCCCUCUCAGCCCACCUUAUUCCUCCUCCUCCGUCUCCCCGUAUAGAUAUUCUAAUCUAUGUAACUGGGAAUGAUAUGAAAAAGAAGUCAGGUGGCUUAGAGAAUGAAUUCUCAAGUCUCCGUGAAGUUUGAGGUAGGUAUUUCAUUGAAGUUUGAGCCAAGUGUGUGAUGGAGGAAGCUCGUAUGCCUGCGUGUGUAGUGUUCUCUCUCUCUCUUUUCUCUCUCUCUCUCUCUCUCUCUCUCUCUCUCUCUCUCGUGUAAGUAUAUGCGUGUGUGCUCUGUGAGGGCUCAGAUGGGACCGCUGGGUGGAAAGGCCCUUUGUGCCCACAAGAGGGCAGCAUCCUGAGGGCUUUGUGAGCGCUGUAUCUCUCGUUAUCGCUGCAGGCUUGGGUCUGGAGAAAGUUAUACCGAAACUUUCAAACUGAUAUCACAUCUUAUUUCGUGAUAUUAAAAAAGAAAGACGAAAAGAAAGAAAGAAGGAAAAAACAGAGAAGUGACGAAAGAAGAGAGAGAAAAAAGAAAAGCAGGCAGCCAGCCUACCCGGGGAGAGUCCUAGUCACAUCAAGACUAGGGGGAGGGCUGUUUUAAUUGUGGGUUUGGCCGACUGACGACUGGAGUGCCCUCCUCGGCUGUCUUAGUUGUAGCCGGAGGUCAUGUAAAUCGACCUUAAAAGAAUGCAUAAGCCAUAAAUUAAAAUAAACCCUCACCCAAGGGCUGAUCCAUAAGUAGACAAUAUCCAACCUGGACAAAACGAGCUUCCCUUACGAGCCGACCUAAACCGCAUACCCCCAAAGAAUAGAGACUAAAUGCAAAGUCACUUUCAUGAAUUCAAAGGCAAUUUACCAGUGAUUUCUGGGUGCUGGAGCUGAUUUUUUUGUGCGUAUUUACAUUCUAUAUCUUCUGAUGAGGAAAGAAAAAUGCUUCAAGAAGGACUUUGUGACCCCUCAUCACUUUGUAUAAGAGCCCAGGGCAUGAACUGAAACCAAGGAGCUGACAAUAUUAAUAAUUCAGCAUUUGGCAGUAUUGUGGAUAUUAAUGCAUUCAUAGUUCAUCUUGACAAACCUGGGCCCAAUCACAUGUGAAAAUGAGCUUAGUCAUCUAAUAUUAGUUUCUGAAGAAUGUCUUCCAAGCAAGCCACCUCUCCAUUUGCCUGUGCAGCUGAUGGAGAGGAAGCAAUGACCCAAGAUUUGACCUCAAGGGAAAAGGAAGAGGGCAGUGAUCAACAUGUGGCCUCCCAUCUGCCUCUGCACCCCAUAAUGCACAACAAACCUCACUCUGAGGAGCUACCAACACUUGUCAAUACCAUUCAACAGGAUGCUGACUGGGACAGUGUUCUGUCGUCUCAGCAAAGAAUGGAGUCAGAGAAUAAUAAGUUAUGUUCCCUAUAUUCCUUCCGAAAUACCUCUACCUCACCACAUAAGCCUGACGAAGGGAGUCGGGACCGCGAGAUAAUGACCAGUGUUACUUUUGGAACCCCAGAACGCCGCAAAGGGAGCCUUGCCGAUGUGGUGGACACACUGAAACAGAAGAAGCUUGAGGAAAUGACUCGGACUGAACAAGAGGAUUCCUCCUGCAUGGAAAAACUACUUUCGAAAGAUUGGAAGGAAAAAAUGGAAAGAUUAAAUACCAGUGAACUUCUCGGAGAAAUUAAAGGUACACCUGAGAGCCUGGCAGAAAAAGAACGGCAGCUCUCUACCAUGAUUACCCAGCUGAUCAGUUUACGGGAGCAGCUCCUCGCAGCGCAUGAUGAACAGAAAAAACUGGCAGCCUCACAAAUUGAGAAACAACGGCAGCAAAUGGACCUUGCUCGCCAACAGCAAGAACAGAUUGCAAGACAACAGCAGCAACUUCUGCAACAGCAGCACAAAAUUAAUCUCCUGCAGCAACAGAUCCAGCAGGUUCAGGGUCACAUGCCUCCGCUCAUGAUCCCAAUUUUUCCACAUGACCAGCGGACCCUGGCAGCAGCUGCUGCUGCCCAGCAGGGAUUCCUCUUCCCCCCUGGGAUAACGUACAAACCAGGUGAUAACUACCCUGUACAGUUCAUUCCAUCAACAAUGGCAGCUGCUGCUGCUUCUGGACUCAGCCCUUUACAGCUCCAGCAGCUCUAUGCCGCUCAGCUGGCCAGCAUGCAGGUGUCACCUGGAGCAAAGAUGCCAUCAACUCCACAGCCACCAAACACAGCAGGGGCAGUCUCACCUACUGGGAUAAAAAAUGAAAAGAGAGGGACCAGCCCUGUAACUCAAGUUAAGGAUGAAGCAGCAGCACAGCCGCUGAAUCUCUCAUCCCGACCCAAGACAGCUGAGCCUGUAAAGUCUCCAACAUCUCCCACCCAAAGCCUCUUUCCAGCCAGCAAAACCAGCCCUGUCAAUCUGCCUAACAAAAGCAGCAUCCCCAGCCCCAUCGGAGGAAGCUUGGGAAGAGGAUCCUCUUUAGGUAAAUGGAAAGGUCAACACCAGGAAGAGACUUACGAAUUAGAUAUCCUGUCCAGUCUCAACUCCCCUGCCCUGUUUGGGGAUCAGGAUACAGUGAUGAAAGCUAUUCAGGAGGCUCGGAAGAUGCGCGAACAGAUCCAGCGGGAGCAACAGCAGCAACAGCCGCAUGGUGUUGAUGGGAAACUGUCUACCAUGAAUAAUAUGGGGCUGAACAACUGCAGGAAUGAAAAGGAAAGAACACGCUUUGAAAAUUUGGGGCCCCAGUUAACAGGAAAGUCAAGUGAAGAUGGAAAGCUGGGCCCAGGUGUCAUCGAUCUUACUCGGCCAGAAGAUGCAGAGGGAAGUAAAGCAAUGAAUGGCUCUGCAGCUAAACUACAGCAGUAUUAUUGUUGGCCAACAGGAGGUGCCACUGUGGCUGAAGCACGAGUCUACAGGGAUGCCCGUGGCCGGGCCAGCAGUGAGCCACACAUCAAGCGACCAAUGAAUGCAUUCAUGGUUUGGGCCAAGGAUGAGAGGAGGAAAAUCCUUCAGGCCUUUCCUGACAUGCAUAACUCCAACAUUAGCAAAAUCUUAGGGUCUCGCUGGAAAUCCAUGUCCAACCAAGAGAAGCAACCUUAUUAUGAGGAGCAGGCCCGGCUAAGCAAGAUCCACUUAGAGAAGUACCCGAACUAUAAAUACAAACCUCGACCGAAGCGCACCUGCAUUGUUGAUGGCAAAAAGCUCCGGAUCGGGGAGUAUAAGCAACUGAUGAGAUCUCGGAGACAGGAGAUGAGGCAGUUCUUUACCGUGGGGCAGCAGCCUCAGAUUCCAAUCACCACAGGAACAGGUGUUGUGUAUCCUGGUGCUAUUACUAUGGCAACUACCACACCAUCACCUCAGAUGACAUCUGACUGCUCUAGCACCUCCGCCAGUCCAGAGCCCAGCCUCCCGGUCAUCCAGAGCACUUAUGGUAUGAAGACAGACGGCGGAAGCCUAGCUGGAAAUGAAAUGAUUAAUGGAGAGGAUGAGAUGGAAAUGUAUGACGACUAUGAAGAUGAUCCCAAAUCAGACUAUAGCAGUGAAAAUGAAGCCCCGGAAGCUGUCAGUGCCAACUGAGGAGUGUUUGUUUGCUGAAUUAAAAUACUCUGACAUUUCACCUCCCCUCCCCCAACAGAAAAGUUCUUAAAGAGCCCGCAUGCAUUUGUGGCUCCACAAUUACAUCAGCAGAAUGGUCUUAAUUGUUUCGUAAAGCGUGAGACAGAUUAAGUUUUCCCAGAUUUUUCAUGAACUUGAGUUUUUUGUCGUUAUUGUUAUUGUUGUUGUUGUUUUUUAAUUUAGGUGAAGACAUAUUAAAUAUGAGACACCAGGACUUGAAAACUUAUCUCAACCCAUAGCUGUCUUACAAGUCUUAUAUUUUGUCUUACUUUUUUUCUUUUGGAUGUUGAUAAAGGUUUAAGUUACUGUUUUAGAUGGGGUUAAACAUUCUCACUCAGGUAUGCUGUGCCAGCCUACAAGUUGUGAAUGUGUUUUUAUUCUGAAUUAUUUUAGAAAACAACUGAGAAUUUCAUAUUGUGAAACAGAACAAGUCCACGGCGUGUGCAGCUGCAUGUAGAGCAUAUUCAAAAGGCCUCAGAAUUCCAUUUUUCCAUGUGUAGAGUUAAACUUUGAAUGUGCCAAACUUUUUCAUAACUUUUGAAUCUUAAUAUUUUGAAAGUCUUAAAGGAGACACUGCAAAGUCUUAGACAAUCUUUGGCAUCUUAAAAUAGCAAACCACACUUUUUUUUUUUCAGAAAAUGGUGAAGUACUCAGGAAUCUGGAGACAAGAUAUUGUAAGGAAUGAACAAGGUUGCCACAGUGCAUGUACCCAAUUGUGUUUGCCUCUUGACGUGCCAUCAGUGUGUGACGUGGUACGACGUCCACGCACCAGAGCGAUCACCACACCAGAUACCGACAUGGUGGUCUUCUCUGCCUGAGACCACCUCUCACUACAUCCAUUAUCCCUUUGCCUUUAACCCUGACAUUCAGUCUUAACACAUUUUCUCUUAAAUAAUUUAUUCAUUCCAGAAUGUCAAGGGUCCACUUACUAUUUAUUUAAAAAAAUUGUUGGUGGCAUUAAUUUAAUAAUUCUUUUUUCUUACCCUCCUUCCCCAAAGAACUUUUCAGCCCUUUUCACCUCCUUCUCCUGCUAGAUACAAAGGUGUACAUAGUGAUUUUAUGUCCCCAGAACAUCUGGAUGCAUUUCUGAAACAAGAUACUACUAAAUACCUAUAUUGUUGUUUUUGAACAUCAGUGUAUAUAUGGCUAUAGAGCUGUGUAUUUGGAUACAGGUGUAGAGAUUUACACUUCAACAGGUAUUGCCCCUGAGGUUCCCCGUGACUUUGAAUCUUUUGCCAGAAUUUUCCCCUAAUUCAAUUAGGCAACAAGUGGUAGGAUCUGCAUCAGUGGCAUUUCCCCUCAAUGCCAUUCAGCAGCAAGGGUCAACAGUGGUGACUGCCAGGCAGGGGAGUCCCGCAGCCAAUCCUAAAGCCCAAAGCUGUGGUCCAUGUAGGAGUCCACAGGGAUGAUGUCAUGGGCUGGCGCCUUUAUAAUGAGCUGCCUUGUCCCAUCUCGCACAUCUAGGGAGUUCUUUGCAAAAUCCCCAGGAUGCAAGAAGCCACGUGACAGCCUCAAAGCAAAGAUAGAGGCAAAUAGUCGUGAUACAUCCAGAGAAUGAAAGAAAACCAUAGAGAAGGAGAAGGAGGAGAAAUACAUUCCCUAAAUGGGAUGUUCCUACUGUUAACUCUGGGGAACAGAUCACUCCUGGGGCAGCAGACGAGUUCCUCUGGCUCACUCCCUCCAUCUGUGGCUGCAUGGGGGUCAUGCCUAUGUGUGAACAAGAUUAACUGCCCUUGUCACACAAGGAUUUUUCUGGAGAUGCACUGAUGGGCUGGGAAGCAGUGAGGCUUCAUUCCCCAUCUCCUAACUGCAGGGAGCUCAGCCAUGCCAUUUUGACCUUCCUGAAACCAGGACUGAUUGCCUAUGGGGAAGCCUCACCCAGAGUAGUUUGGUGGGAGAAUGUCAGCAGAUGGGACAGUUCACCUCAUGGGACAACCAGAAUCUGAUCACCAGGACAUAGGAACGGCCCCAUCAGAUUUCUUGAGCCAUUUUGUCACUUGGAAGAAAAUAGUGUACCUUCAUAUUUAUUUAAGAGUGCUCAAGGCCAUACCUAAUAGCAAUAAAUAGGUCUAGCCAAGACUUUACUGUCUAUGUCAUUAGCUAGGAGUGCUCUCUAUAAACUGAUUAAGGUACUGAUAGGAAUGUUUGGUUCUUAAUAUUGAUUGGGGAUUGGAACUUUGUUUUUGUACAUUUAUUUCAAAUGAGGAGGAGCUCGUUUUCCUAAAAAAAAAAAAAAAGAGUAUUUAUUAUUGUCUUACUGGUUUCUUUUGAUUAUAUACCUCUCCUCCUCAGUUCAUUCUCACGUUGUUUUCUCUUUCUCUUUGACUCUUGCUUUUGCCCUGUCCCGCUCCUUUUUAAUUUUGUUGCAUAAGUAGAGUGCUGUAUGGCUAGCAUUGUAUUGUAUGUAAUUAAUUUUGCACAAAGGCAGACAUUUAGAAUAGUAGGUUAAUUUUGUUUGUUUUUAUGACCAUGCCAAAAUAAUAUUCUGGGCUGGUGGAGAACAAAGGACUGUUCUUUAGGACUGAAACUUGAUUUUGCUUGUAGUUAAAAAAAAAAAAAAAAAAGAAACAAAAAAAGAAAUCAACAAAAAAAACAAAAAACACACACACUCACAGAUGUUGUUUCAUAAGUGUUAUAAGCACUGGAUAUAAAUGGUAUUUUUUAUCACUUCUGACUAAUGUGAAGCUGUUGUACAAAAACUACAUGAACAAAAGUCAUCUGUUUCGACUCGUGUGGGCUUGCCUCACAGUUGCCGGAUUUGAGUCAUUUUUAUGUCUUGUUAUUUCAUUUAUUUAUGCAAAAUACAUGUGUGUAUGAACACUUUGUUUUAGCUCCAGCUCUGCCUCAGUACUGGGGUUCAGUUACUUCUAGCCAUGUUCUUAAAAAUGAAAGGCUAUUCAGGAAUGAUCUGAUUGUAAACGCCUCUUUCAUUGGGUCAAACAGUGAUGCUGUAUUUGAAUCUAAAUUCUGCACAUAAGCAGUUUAUUCUAUUUAUUAGCCAAGUUUGGCUCUAAAUAUCCAUGGAAAUUAAGAAUGACAAUCAUAGGGAUCACGUCAUUUUAUUUUCAUUGGGGCUUAAACAAAGUUUUUAUGACUUCACCAUCUCAUUUUAGAUUUUUCUAAUUGUGUAAAUAUAACAUAGAAAUAGAAUUUAUUUUUGGCUCAUGAAUAUUUAGUGAAAUAUAAGUUAUGUAUUUCCUUUUUGUUCUCUAUCCAUAUAUGUUGGUCCAGACUAGAAGUUGACGAGUCACUGUACCUCAUGGGGUAGUGAAUUAUCAGCCACAGUGAGAAAGCAGAGUCCCACCUGUAGCUGGAGCAGUAAAACUCAUCACUUGGGUUCUCAUACAGUUUAGAACCCACUGUCCACAGACUCAGACUUUCACUUUUUUUUCUUAUAGAAAGUUGAUGAAUUGAACAUGGUGAAUUUCCAGCACAGCUGGGAGAGAGUCAAUUUGCUUUGUGAAUCCACAUAAACCUUAGAAGGUAGUUCUGUGACCGUUUACUAGCAUGGAGCAUGAAUGCCAUUAGAAAGGCAAAAAUCGUUCUCUGAGAUCGGCCAUUAAUGAAAGUCCCACCAUGCCAAUUAAAGAAUGUUAAUCAACUUUUUUUUUU